CUCCGUCAACUCAUCCGACAAAAAGCCAAAGAUGGAGCCCUUCCAUGGCGGCGGACCCUCAAGCUCCCGUAGCCGGUCAGUCUUGGAUAUGUUGGCAAGGAUGGGGAGGGGGUACAAAGCCAAGGGGACCGCUCAAAACGAAAGAUAGUGACACUAUGGAGGGGGCUCCGUCAACAUCGUUCAACAAAAAGUCAGAGACGGAGUCCCUCCAAUUGGGCGGUCCCCACAAACUCCCCGUCGGAGAUCAAGAGUUCGACAAGUUGUGAGAGAAGUGACUCCUCAUCCGGAAGUGAUGGGGAUGACGAGGCGUCAUCAUCUAAUGAUGAGAAGUACAGAAUCAACGUGGACUCAGUUUUAUACCCUGGUACCAACGUUGAGUCUCGCCGUGUGCUCGAUUCGUAAGAGCAUCAUCGAAGGAAGCUCAGAGUGGGACAGCGAUGAUCAGGAGGAGGGAGGGAAAGCUUGCAAGAUGAAGGGGGUCAGCAAGGAGUCACAGGAGAGGUCUACACCAAGGUUGAUGGCUGUGAGCUCGUGGAACUCAAGCAGGACAGAUGGGUCCGCCCAGGACGAAGAUAGCGACACUAUGGAAGGGUCUCUGUCAAGCCAUUCAACAAAAAGUGAAUGGCGGAGCUUUUUCAGUUAAACGGACCCAGAAAGUGGUGAGAAGGUCGAGGGUUCGACAAGUUGUGAGGGAUGAGGACGAUUAUGAAGAACAAGAGGAGGAAGCUGACCAGAACGAGGAUAGUGACACUAUGGAUGAAGAUAUGACUUGGACUUGGUGAAAAGAGCAACAAACAGAAACUAUCUAUCUAAACACUUCACUUCACUUUCCACACCCAUCGUGGUGACUAGCAAUCCCUCAUAUACUCAAGUCAAACUUACUUCAAUCUCACGAUAGC